AUGGAGGCCCUGCCCUCCUCCGUGGAGUGGUACGCCCAGUGGUUUCCUUUGACACAGACGGGCAUUUGGAAGGUGUGGCUGUGUGAGUUCUGGCUGCUACUGCUGGGUUCCGGUUUGAAAGCGCAUCUUUUGCCAGACGAGGAGGACGUAACGUUUAUCAAUGAGUACGUGAACCUCCACAAUGAGCUCCGGGGCAACGUCUUGCCCCGAGGGGCUAACUUGCGCUUCAUGACUUGGGAUGUAGCUUUGUCACGGACUGCUAGAGCAUGGGGGAAAAAAUGUGUGUUUGAGCGUAAUAUUCAUUUAGAAGAAUUAUAUAUGGCCCAUCCUAAAUUUAAUGGUAUUGGUGAAAAUAUAUGGGUCGGCCCUGAAAAUGAAUUUACUGCAAGUAUUGCUAUCAGAAGUUGGUUUCAACAGAGGAAAAAGUACAAUUUUGAAAAGAACAGUUGCUCUGAUAACUGUUCUAACUAUCUACAGCUUGUUUGGGACAGGUCUUACAAAGUUGGUUGUGCUGUUACUCCAUGUUCAAGAAUUGGACGUAUUAAACAUGCAGCACUUUUCAUAUGCAACUAUGCACCAGGAGGAGGUCUGUCAAGAAGGCCUUAUCAGCGAGGAUUAAUGUGCUCUCAAUGCGGCAGCUAUGACAGAUGCACAGACUUUCUAUGCAGCAAUGCAGAUCGUGACCAAGCCAUAUAUUACCGAUAUUGGUAUCCAAGAUGGGAAGUACCCCGACCAAUUGUAUGUGAUCCACUGUGCUUAUUGAUUUUAUUUCUGAGAAUGAUGUGUUUUUCACUGAGUGCCACAAUUGUCUUGAUAAUACAGUCUUAUUUUCCAAAUAUAUUAGUGGAAGAAGAGAUGGUUUUUACCCCUGUGGAAACUGGGCCAGCAAAAGAGGAGGGAAAGAAACAGGUGGAGGAGGAGGAGGAGGAAGAAGAGGAGAAGGAGGGGGAAGAGGAGGGGGGAGAAGGGGAAGAGGAAGAAGAGGAGGAAGAGGAGAAGGGGGGAGAGGAGGGAGACGAGGAA